AGUGUUCUGCUGUUUGUCGAUGGUCAGUGUUUGAGUGAUUUGUCGCAAUCGCAAAUGUCAUAGUAUUUUUUGAGCUCAAUAAUAUCAGGAUGGCAGAAAACAGAGAGGAAAUUCUAGCAAAUUUUCAGGGUAUAACAGCCAUAGAAGAUGUUGCUGAAGCUAUAUACCAUCUGGAAGAAGCAAAUUGGGACUUACUUGCAGCCAUCAACCGGGUGAUGCCACAAGAUGGGAACAGCUCAGCGGCACAGGACAAUGACACUCAUGACGUUGAGAUGAUAGACGAUGAUAUAUCUGUGAUAACUCCAAAAACUCACCCACCAGACCGGGAAGACCGUAAUCAAGCAUCAACUUCCACGCCUAAUUAUAAUAUCACUCCCAUCGUAGAACUACAAGUUCAUUGUAAUAAUAAGAUACAUGAAGUCAAAAUACCUGGGAAUGCUUCAGUUGGUGAUUUAAAAAAAGAACUGGAAAGGAUUUGCGGCGUGCCAGUGUGCCGGCAGCAGAUAUCGGGGCUGGGCGGGUCGCGGGCCACCAACAACGCGCCGCUACUGAGUCUCAAUCUGCCGCAGAAUGCAGUGCUAAGAUUGAAGGCCGCCGAACAACUGAUGGCGGAUGACGAGGUAGCAGAAAGGCUGACGACGACAUACGUGCUGCACGUGCAGGUGGAAGACAAGGACUACACGCUCAAGUACCCCGGCACUAAGACCGUGCAGGAAGUUAAGGGCGACAUAUAUUCGUUAACAGACAUACCUGUUAGGCAUCAGGUAUGGACAGGCUGGCCAUCAGUCCAGGGUCUCGACGACACAGUGCUAGCGAUGGCGGGCCUCACGCUCCCGCAGCACGAGCUGUCAGUGCGCCGCGCCCCCGCCAAGCAGAAGGAGUAUAAGAGGGUAAAUACGAUAAUAGUGGAGAGCUCGGACAGCGAGAAUAGUUCCGUGGAGGAAGUAGAAGACACAGCCGAGGGGUACACCGCUGAAGAUGACAUGUUCGUAGACUUGGUGCAGUCCGAGAGGUUGCAGCCGCUUAUGUCGGAGAGCGUGGAGGACGAGGCGCUGGGCUGCAUCGAGUUCGGGGCGCGGUUCCGCUCGCGCUACGGGCCCAACACGCCGCACUUCUUCGAGGGCACGCUGCACGACGCCAUCAAGGAGUCCUGCCUCAAACCCGCGAAAGAGCGUAAACUAUUAGGCGUAUACCUACACCAUGAGCAAUCAGUGUUAUCCAACGUGUUCUGCGCACAACUGCUGGGCUGCGAGGCGGUGCUGCAGACCCUGGCCGCCAACUUCAUCGUCUACGGCUGGGACCUGUCGCAUCCAGAUAAUAAUAACAUGUUACUAUCAUCGGUAGCAAAUGCUCUAGGUCCUGUAGCAAGCAUGACGAUACGCAACAUCCCGGUGGAGCGGCUGCCGGCGCUCGUCAUCAUCAUGCGAGUACGCUCCAACACUGAGAUCUACUCCGUCAUCAACGGUAACGUGGGCGUCUCAGAGCUACUGGGCGGGCUGGUAGAAGCGUUAGAGCGGUUCAGCUCUGCUCGCGAGGACGAAGCGCGGCUGGAGCGGGAGAGAGACGCGAGGCAACGCGUCAAGCGGGAACAGGACGAGGCGUACCAGCGGAGUUUAGAGGCCGACAGAGCUAAAGAAGAAGUAAAGAAAAGGGCAGAACUAGAAAGAAAUCAAGAAUUAGAAAGAGCUGAGUCAGAAAGACAAAUGGAGGAAGCGAAAAAAGAGGCGGAGCGCGUGGUGGCGGCGCGGCGCGUGCCGGCGGAGCCGCUGGCCGCGGCGGCGGACGUCGCGCGCAUCCGCGUGCGCCUGCCGCCGCCGCACGAGCGCUGCCUCGAGCGACGCUUCCACGCACACGACACGCUCGCCGCGUUACUAGAUUUCCUCGCAUCUAAGGGCUAUCCACAAGAAAGUUACAAGGUUAUCUCUAGCUGGCCUAGGAGAGACCUGACACUGGAAUCUCCAAGCAGUACACUGAAGACGCUAAAGCUGUACCCUCAAGAGACGGUGAUGCUCGAGGAGCGGUGAAACGCGACCGCUCGCUCCGUCGCCGCAUCACACACACACUACUAAAUCUAUUACGUCACUCUACUGGCUGUACCGUGAAGCUUUCGUUAUUGCCGCCGAUAGAUGGCGCUGAUUUCAAUUAAGGUACCAUUAUUAAUGGACACACUCAGAGACAUUUAAUGGUACUUAAGCCGUUCCUUAGUACAGAUUUUGUAUGAGAAUCUUCCACUAAGGAGUGACUUAAGUAAUCAUGUGUGUAUAAAUAUCUCUGAGUGUGGGGGUAAGUCUCGAAAAUCUUCAGUACAGCCUACCUCAAUAUGUCCAAUUUCUUCAAUAGAUUUUCAACCUUAUCACAAUAGCGGAAGGUUGUAUCACAAUGUUUGAUUAGUAAAAUUUGAUAGAUUCGGGUAGGUUGACCUGCUGAUGUCUGUACAUCUGUCCACUAUUUAUAAUUUUUUUAAUGCAGAUUUUUUAAUCGUCAGAUAACUUUUGACUGGAGAAUAUGUUUGACGUUUUAAAUUGAAAAUAAUAUGUCAAAACACCAUAUUUAUUCCUCAGAUAGAAGUUACUUUAUGAUUGAAAAAUCGGACCUCAAUAUUUUUUUUUAAAUUAUGGUUAUAAAAAAUUGAGAAAAUUCGCUUUAUCAAGCGAAUAGAAUUGUCAAAGACUACACUAGCGCCUCUAGGACUUCAAUAACGAAAGCCUUCACGAUGACGUCACAGCAUUCAGAUUGGAACCCCAUUGUCUCUGUUUCUUCAUAAAAUAUUUCACGCUAUACUGUACCGAAACACUCUCUGUGGUAUUUUGUUUAUAUCAAUUUGCAGUUUUAAAUAUUAUAUAAUUUGUAAAUUAUUUCUUAAAAUGGACUGUAUAAAAGUAAAGUUCGAAAUAAGAGUUUCAAUUUUAAAUAUGUUUGCAUUAAUAUGAUAAUUAAUAUUUUCACUCGCGGUAUUUCUAACAAUGAACUUUUACUACCUAGUAGUUCAUUUUUCAAGGGUUUUAAAUAAUUUAAAUAAAUGUUUGUGAAUAUUGCUUGCGGGACCCUUAUUUCGAAUUUUACUAAAAAUGGCAUACGUCAAGAAAUGUUUUAGUUGAAAGUUGCAUUUCUAGGAUAAGAAACUCUUUCCUGUCUUGUGGCUUCCGUAGAGAACGCCGUACUAGGCGAAUUUAAUGAUAAAACUAACUUCAAGACUGCCUCUCCACUUCAUAAUAUUGUAGUAUUAAAUAAUUGAGAAAAUUUUCUCUGCAAAAUGCAGCUAUGUACUAUCGAGGCAGUCAUGAACGAGAUCAUUACAUUACCCAUCAUAUAGGUUAUGCCAUAACUAAAUUGUAACUACAUACAUGUAAACUAUUUAUUAAGAAAUGUGGUAACAAAACCACACGUUUUACCGAUAUCGAUGUAUUUGAUAACCAUACAAAAUAGCACGAAAUUAAAUAAUGUGACGUUCUGUUUGAUACCCAAACUAAUGGUACUAUAUGCGUGUUAUAAUUUCUAAAUAGUUACUUGAUAUUGUGAGCUUAACAUACAAUGUUAUUCGAGUUUGAAUCUUGUUGUGCAUCCAUAGUGUUUAUAUUGCGUUGCGUACCGCCGCGGACGACGGAGCUCCCCGCUGCGUUGUGAGCUUGCAUUGCGAACAAUACUGACAAAUAAACGGACUCUUGUUUGUAUUCAGUGCAGCGUUAAACAUCCUCAUUUAUAUAUCUAUAUAUAAAUGAUCGUUAGCUUAAUAUUGUACAUUGAUUAAUUAUUUGACUGGGUCUAGAGGCGGGCGAUAAACACACUGUUCUGACCAUUUGUUACAUCACAAUGUUUUAAAUAGCCAAAGAGCUGCGUUUAAAGGAGUUGCGUCUUGCAAUGUGUUUAUUCCUCGCCUCAUAGUCAGCCAUGUACUGAUCUUAUGUAAACUUCAUUCGAGUAAUGUGGCUGACUCGUUCCAGCGUCAGUCAGCCACACUGCCGUGUAUUAUAUACAUACAUGAUAAUAGUAUAAAUUAUUAUGAACGUGGAUAUCCCUGCAGUUUUGGAUGUUUGUAAUUUUUUCACAAGUCCACUCUGAAGUGUAUCUGUGUAACGCGAGGAAGUUAUGUACCCAAAAUAAUAAAACUGAUGGAAGAUUA